GAAGAUUAACACCGGAUCGGCUACGUCUCUCCCUAUUGUUCAAUGCAUUUCGACUGUUUUGUGUUUCCCAUAACUUACAUAACGGGCUACCACGUGGCGGUUGCUCGGCUACAAAAACGAGCCUUUUAUAUGAUCUUCAUCAGUACUUGUAUCAUGGUAUAUUUUACACAUUGACUUCACCACCGCGCGCCCUGGCAUUACUUCGGGGCUUGUAUUCGCUUCUUCCCCAGGCAAGAGUCAACGCCCAUCGUAUCUCUCUCAAACAUGGCGCUAUUUUUCCGCGUAGUACAAUUAAAGGAACGGAAUGUGAGCAACACAAUACCGUAAGCCAAGCACGAUUACAUGUGAAUGCUGAGAUUGGGUACAUCAUCAACUUUUUCUUUGCUGCUGUAGAGACUAUCGACCAAAAAGACCGUCUAUGGCUUUUAGAACUUAUGUUAGAAACGGCACGUGUGUGGCCUCAGUUAGGUGAAUGGGUAGAAAGUGAGGGUGUGUUUCGUCUGGACAAUAUUGCGGGACCGGAUGAAUAUAACAGCACGGCUUCUGGAAAUUUUUAUAUUCAUUUGUCCGCCAAAAUGCAUAUGCGAUAUGUUCUUGAUCUCUAUGAACAACAACUGGCAUUGCUUGGAGAAGAAGCUAUGACAAAUCUGCUAAAACAAAUUGACAUGGACAAAUCUGAGCUUGAAAAUUUUCGAGCCACAUCUGAUGGUAUUGUUAUACGUCGUAAUGAUCAUUUAGGAGUCUACUUGGUACAUGAUUACUUCCAUACACUUAAGGAGUGGAAGGGUGAGCGUCCUAAACACCCAUUGUCAAUGAAUUAUCAUCCUCUUGCAAUAUUUUCUCACAUGCUUGUUGAUAUUCCCGAAGUAUUGCUGGGGAUGCUUCUGUAUCAAGAAGAAUUUGAAAAAAAGGACUUGGUACGAAAUCUGGCCCAUUACGAGGCGCUUUGCACAUAUGAUUCACCCGAGUCUCUUGCUAUUGUGGCGGCUGUGGAUUUUCAAUCCAAUGGAUCAUUUGCUCAUGGUCUGCCGUUAUUACGCUCAUUGAUGAGUCUGGAUGUGGAUAAUGUCAUUUACACCGCCGAUGAAGGACUCCAUUUUGGCGUCAUGUCUUCUUCUUGGAUUGCCAUUGUCAGUGGCAUCGGUAGACUCAAAUUGGGUAAACGGACUCUUUAUUUAGAUCCAUGCUUUCCUGCAGGAUUAUCGAUUGUCAAGUUUACAAUUUGUUGGCGUGGGUCAACAUUAAGUACCACGGUAGACAAGGAUUACGUUACAUAUGAACUUAUUGCAGGGGAUAGUAUUCGUUUUGUGCAUGGCGAUGGUCAUCGUAUUCAUCUUCACACGGGAUUUCACCGAUAUACCGCCAAGAGGCAAGUGUCUGUGCCACGGUUGAUAAGGAGUGGCGAGGGAGAAUUUGACGGUGCCGUUUUUCUUUGCGAGACGUUAUUUGAUGAAAUUACGGAUAUACACUACAUGGCUUGGUAUAAAACGCUUGAAUCCCUCUUUGAGAAUUACCGAGCACUGCAUCUUCGUGAAAUUCAGCCCUUAACCACAGACGAAUUUUUUGAAAAAGUUAUUUACCAAGCAGAAGAACGUGAAAUUGCAUUCAGUGGCAUACACAACGUCUUAUUGGACCGUGGGAUUGAUCUCGAGCUCGGUACCCCGGACGACGCCGAGAUCGUUGAGACACGAUAUGGUCUGGCGAACGCCAAAGUGGCAGAAAUGGCGGAAAUACUCUCUCGCAUGACCCCUCGAGUGAACGCUGGCAUGCACGCAUUGUUGAAGGAUCUCUCCAAUAGCGGUAUUGCGCUUGCGGUCGUGACAUACUCACGGAGUCUCAAGACGCUGAUGCACUACAAUCCUGAGGUUAUGCCACUGUUUCUCGCCUACAUUGACGGUGAGGAGGCACACGAUCGACACAUCAAAAGCCGUCCUCAUGUUGAUAUUUUCCUUCGCGCCGCAGAGAAAAUUCAUGUGAAUCCGGCGCGCUGCGUUGUUUUCUCCAUGUAUCUUGAUCGCGGCUUUAAAGCCUCCAGCCUUGCAAACUUUCGCAUGUUUUUUGAUGUGGAGGGGAUAUUUGCGACAAAACGGGUGUCGCAGCAGACGCAGCCGUAUCCCACGCUCUCCAACGAUGCAGCUGCCGCAGUGGGGCGCGAUGGUGUGCCCCUUAUUUUGCGUCUCUCGCGGGAAAACCUGCCAACGACAAUUGACGCCCUGGAGGACAUGAUGUACGGACGCUGCGACGCGGUAGACGAACGGCAUGUUGCUUCUUACACGAAAUGA